UACAAACGGUUGAACAUUUGUUUUGUGAGGUUAUGUAACCACUUGUUGAAAUGGAUCCCGACGAAGUUGAGUUUUUGGGCGAAAAACAAUACAUUUCCAUCAUUCCUACGUUUAGUAGUAAUGUAAUACAUUUAAUUUCGGGUGAUGUGGGUCCUUUUAGACCCUCCAUACCUAUAAGAGUGCCGUUUUGGAUGGCUAUGCAGUUGAAACAGCAAAGAAUUUGUAAAAUCGAACCUCCCGAAUGGAUGGAGGUUGAUAAAUUGGAGGCUAUUAAAGAGGAUGAGAAGAAUUCAAGGACUUUUACAAAAAUGCCUAGCGAUCAUUACAUGGUAGAGGCUAAAAUCUUGCUAGCCUCAGCCACAGAUGAUAUACCAAGGGCUGAUGAAAUAAGAACCAUAAUUAAAGAUAUUUGGGAUGUAAGAAUGUCAAAAUUGAGAUCCUCGGUGGAUGUUUUGGUUAAAAAUAAUGGGUCUUAUGCUGCUGUCGAUAAUUUAACUUUGAUGGAGAUUAAUUCUAUAAGGCCACUUUUGCCACAUGCCUUGGAUACCUUAUAUAGGCUUAAAAAUAGCAUAACUGGAGGUAGCAGUCAAAGCCAAUCUACAACUACCUUUUCAAGGUCUACAACCUCCUUUCAUAGUUAAUGUUUUGUAUGAUUUGGUUGUGUUUAAUAUCUCUGGUACUACUUAAUUUUUAAAUAAAAAACAGUUUUUGUAUGUUCUUAA